AUGGCUACUGCCUCGUCCACCCGGCGGCGACCGCCUCGAGUUGAGUCUGCGGCAUCCAAGUCCACAACCUCCUCGCCACCAUCACCAGAUGAGCCCGAAGACACAACCUCUCGUGUCAUCUCCCCCCUCGACAUCCUGCGAGUCAUACUCACCUUAAUAUUCGCCUCGUGUCUGCUUUCAUACUACCUUACCUCUGGGACCUCGCUGCUGUUCAAAUAUAACCCAUGGUUCCUGAACCCGUCUCAACUCUCUCUUUGGUGGACAGGGCCUUUAGCCCUCACACCGGAGCAGUUGGCGCUCUACAAUGGCAGUGACCCCGCGAAACCUAUUUACCUGGCCAUCAAUGGGACCAUCUUUGAUGUUUCCGCCGGAAAACACACGUACGGACCUGGUGGGAGCUACGAAGUGUUCGCGGGAAGGGACGCUACCAGGGCCUUUGUGACGGGAUGUUUUCUCGAGGAUCGGACCGGAGAUCUGAGAGGUGCGGAGAUGAUCUACAUUCCAAUUGAAGAUGAUCCGGAGGAAGAGAUCUCGAGCAGCGCGAGGAAAUUGCGGGCAGAGAAGGAAAGAAGAGAGGCCAAGAAAAAAGUGCAGGAUGAAGUGAGGAGAUGGGAACAGUUUUACAAGAAGCAUAAAAAAUAUUUCGAGGUUGGAAAGUUGGUCGGCGUCCCCGAAUACACAGGCGAGCCACCAAAGCUGUGCGAGCCAGCGGAAAAGGGGAGGCCGAAGAGAAAGAAUAUGAACUCGAAAAAGGAAAAGAAAAAGCACGCACCAGGAAAGCCUGUACAAUAA